AUGGCGCAACAACAAACCACCCCGUCACCAACAAUCCCCUCCCCACUCCCCUUCCCCAAACCAACCACAAUCCCCCCCCGCGGCCCACACACACACACUCUAAUCCUCCUCCACGGCCGCGGCGACUCCUCCCUCGACUUCAGCACUGAAUUCAUCACCCUUCCCCUCCCCAUUUCCCCCUCUACAUCCAAACAUCCCCUCUCAACCCUCCCCCAGCGGUUCCCGGGUGUCAAAUUUGUCUUCCCCGGUGCGAAGAUGGGCCUCUCCACCUUCUCCGGCAACAUGAUGAUGCCGCAGUGGUUCGACGUGGUGAGCCUGGACCCGCCGUAUGAGAAACAGUACGAGCUGCAGCUGGAGGGCUUGCGGAGUUCGGUGAAUUAUUUGCUGAAGCUGGUGAAGGAGGAGGCUGCGAUUGUGGGUGGGGUGGGUAAGGUGGUUGUGGGGGGGUUGAGUCAGGGAGCUGUAGUUGCAUUGGCAGCUGCGAUGAGCUUUGAUGCGGUUGAGGCUGGGGAGGCGUUGGGGGGUUGUGUGGCAAUGAGUGGGUGGUUGGCAUUUCAGAAGGAGUUGAUGGCGUUUGCUGGGAGGGAGAGGGCGGUGGGAGAUGGUUGUGGUGAUGGUGAUGGUGAUGGUGCUGUUGAUGACACCGGGAAUCAAGAUCUCGAGGAGGAUGGAGAGAAUGGGUGGCUUCGAAGCACUGAUCCCAAAGUGGCGGUUAGCGCGGCUAAUUGGUUCCGUGAGAAUGUAUUGGGUAUCCCGCCAAUUAAAGUCGUUGACUGGCAGCAGAUCACGCUUCCAAAGACACACCUGUGGAUCGCACAUGGAGCGUUGGACACGCAUUUGAAACCGCAGUAUGGGGAAGAGGGCGCGAAGACGCUGGAGAAGCUUGGGUGGAAUGUCACGUUCAUGCUGUACGAUGAACUCGAGCACUGGUAUAUGCCGGAUGAAUUGGAGGAUAUGGCGAUUUACUUGGAUGUUGUGGUUGGUGUGCCGGAGGCGGAAUGA